CUCUGAAACACACUUUCUCUCUCUAAAAUUUAUUUCUCUCUCUAAAACCGUCUCGCCGGCAAUUUAUUCAUUCUUCCGUUACACACAUACACAGCUAUUAGGCUUUUAAAAUGCAUAAUUAAAAAAUACAAUAUAUAGAUAUAGAUACAUAUAUAUAUACACACAGAUUAUUAUAUAGAUAUAGAUAUAAGGUAUUAUAAAUUUUGAGAGAGUGAAAUUAGCAAAGGAUGUGGAGAUCGUCGUUUUUGUUGUUGAAAGAAGGAUUGACGUCAGGAAUCGUUAGGUCUAAAACGACACCGUUUGGAUUACUAACCGUAUUUCCCGUUGAAUCUAGUAACGGAUUCUGUACUUGUUUGUUUUCCGGUACGUCCGGCGCCGGAGUAGGUCGCGGAGUACGGAGAGGUGUGAAUGACGGUGUUAGAGCGAUGUUUUCCACUACGGCCGGCUUCCGCGGCGGCGUAGGUGGUGGAGUAUUCGGUGUAGGUAUCAACGAAGGUGAUAGAAGGUCGUUUUCGACUAUUUCCGGUGGACAUGGCGGCGGAGAACCACGGCGAGGUGUUGAUAGUAACGGUGGCGGAGGAGAAGUACGGAACAAUGGAGGUGAGAAUGACGGAGAUGUAAUAUCGGUUGCGGAAGCGAAGAAGCUGAUGAGAUUGGUGAAUGUUGAAGCAUUGAAAAUGAAAUUUGGUGCAGAAGGGAAAGAGGUGAUAUCUUAUAAGGAGUUGUUACAGGCUUGUGAAGCGAUGGGAGUUGCGAAAUCGGUCGAUGAAGCGAAAGCGUUUGCGACGGUUUUGGAUGAGGCUGGUGUUGUUCUUAUCUUUAGAGAUAAAGUUUACCUUCAUCCUGAUAAGGUGGUGGAUCUGGUCAGAAGGGCGGUACCUCUUGCCCUAACAGCUGAUGAUGAUCCGAGAAGGGAGGAGCUAAAGCAGUUACAAGCCAAACUGGAUGAAAUUGAUAGACUAGCUCACAAGCAGGUCCGCCGCAUCCUCUAUUCUGGGCUCGCGUUCUCUCUAGCUAAUAUCGGGCUCUUUUUCCGUUUAACUUUUUGGGAAUUCUCUUGGGAUGUUAUGGAGCCAAUUGCAUUCUUUGCAACCACAUCUGGUAUAAUUGUGGGGUAUGCUUAUUUCCUUAUAACAUCUAGGGACCCCACAUACCAAGACUUGAUGAAGAGGCUCUUCCUAUCCCGAAGAAGAAAGCUGAUGAUAAAGCAUAAUUUUGACAUUGAAAGAUUCAUGGAACUACAGAAGAAAUGCAAGUCGCCUCUGGAUGCGCCUCCUUCGGCUAAACAUGAUUUUGCAGGAGUGGAACUGGAAACUCGGGAUCUCUUGCACAAGAACUAACAGAAAAGAUUUAACUUUCUAUUGACAUGCGUUUUGACUUUUGAUUCUCUUUGACAACCUGUCAUUGAAAUCAAGAAAGCGUCCACAAAUUUUUGAGCUAAACUACUGAAUUUUGUCAUUGCCCUUUUGUGGGUUAUAAUACUUUUGAAUCUUGUUUCAAGCCUGUUUUUAAAGGCAUUAGCAAUGCAAAAGCGUUAACCAGAAGGCUAUGGUGUACUAUCAGAAUCGAACGUUCUCUAAAUAUAAGAUUUUGGUAUCGUUAACCAUUUGGAUUU